AUGAGGCGGCUCCAGGCCCACUACCAGCUCCUGCCCGACCAUGAUGAGGAUCUUCUCAGGAACCCUGGGGAACCAGAUGGAGAGGAGGAGCUGGGCUGGGCAGGAGCCGUGGGAGAGGCCCCGGAGCUGGAGGAGCCAUGCAGGCUGGUGCUGAGCACACAGAGCAGCAUCCUGCGGGAUGGGGAGUUCCAGGAGCUGGGCCCGCACCUGCCUCCCCGGCUGGCGCAGCAGCCCUGGCGGCUGCUCUUCUGCACCGGCCGGGACGGCUUCAGCCUGCGGAGCCUCUACCGGAGCGCGGCCCCGCCGGGCUCGCCCGCCCUGCUGCUCAUCAGGGACACGGAGGCACAGGCCUUUGGUGCCUUCUCUGCCGCCGCCUUUCAGUGCAGCAAGGGCUUCUACGGGACGGGAGAGACCUUCCUGUUCUCGUUCUCCCCAGAGCUGAAGGUGUUCAGGUGGACAGGCAGGAACAACUUCUUUGUGAAAGGGGAUGUGGACCUGCUGAUGGUUGGUGGGGGCAGUGGCAGACCUGGGCUGUGGCUGGAUGGAGACCUGCACCACGGGGGCAGCCGCCCCUGCGACACCUUCGACAAUGAGACCCUCUCGCCGCGGGAGGAAUUCCGUGUCCAGGAGCUGGAAGUGUGGGGCCUGGCCUGACCCUGCAGCCCCCUCAGGGACAGGAGUGCACCACGCUUUGGGACCCAUGUCUCGUGCCCUGCUGUUCCCUGCCAGCACCCACUGAGCCUGAGGGGAUGGUGCACAGCCUCCCUCCCUGCCUCCCUCCACCCUGUCCCCAUUUUGCCUGCCCACAGCUGGUGAUGGGGACAGGCUGGAGUGGGAUCUGAGCCCCCCUGCAGUGCUGCCACCAUGCUGGGUCCCCAGGGUGGCUGCAGGACUGACCCCCCAGCACCAAACACCCUGCCUGGUCAGGACAGAGAGAGCUGCCCCAGAAGGGGGGUGUGGCAGGGCCAAGGACAACAGGGUCCCCAGAUGGAGGCACAAGCUUGGAGGGCAGCAGGAUGUGGCAGGACCGAGCCAGCCCA